AUGCUAUUUUCUGCGAGCUGUUUCGUGCCAACGGAGGUUCUACACCAAUGCAGAUAUGAAUCUCCCAUUGCCGCUCGGGACGAUCUGUAUCGGAAGGCGAAGCUGGUGUAUGAAGCAGGAAUAGAAGAAUGUCCCCUCACAGUCGCGCGAGCGUCGCUGCUGCUGACAUACUGCAACUCGGACUCGGAUGUGCUCGCCAAUUCAGGUUGGCUUCGAAUUGCGAUAAGUCAAGCACGGCGAGAGCAGGCCAGACAGGAUCGUUACUCAGAUACCAUAACCUUGAGGGCACGGGCCGACCUCAAGCUUGUCUGGUGGUGCUGUCUAAUUCGGGAUCGUCUCAUAUCACUAGGAAUGCGACGGCCAUUGCAGUUAACGAUGGCAGAGUUCAAUCGUCGCCAGAGCGGCAUGGCAGUAAAUGAUGUGAAGGACGAGAUCUUCAACUCUAAGGUCUAUCACUUUGAAAUAAAGUCCGCAUUGUUUCAUCUAUUGGCUAGCUUGUGCCAGUUCGCUAUUGCAGUCACUGAACUGAUCACCCUCAUUUACCCAUCCUGUGAAGACGCAAGCCGUGUGCAGGACACUUGCGCCGAGCUUGAGAGGUUGGAAGCAGCAAGGUCUUCUUUGAUACUCUGGGAACUUGAUUGGAUUACGUGUUUAGAAACGAAGAACUCUCAUCUUGACCCAUCUAUUUCCCUUUUCUCAGGCUUGAUUGCCAUAUACUACCACUCCUCCCGAGUCGCCCUGUGCAAUCGUUUGUGCUAUCUACUCGGCACUUCCGAUGUCCUCGACCCGAGCCGCCUCUCUCAACUAGAGUUUUGCCAAUCUGACCUGGUCACGGCUGUCCGUUCAGUCGCGGACAAAGUCAGGCAACUUACCAUUCUUCAGCUUGUUGAUAAGCUACCGAUCAGUGCGGUGGCAUACACAACAACUACUGAAAUCCUGUUGACCAUUGAUCCGCAAGACACGCAACAGACACCACCUGCGCUUUUCGAGAGGUUAAAUGAGUCCCUUCGUCUGAGAUACCCCAUCGCACGGGUGUCCAACCUCAUCGCAAGAGCCCUGUGGCUAUCGGAACUGUUUAAACACGCCGCAGGGCGCCACAACAAUAGCAGCCAGAGCAGAAGCUCCACACCAUCGAGUAGUGGACCUAGCUGCUAUCCGUGCCUGUUCGGUCUCCCCCUGCAGCAAUAUAAUACGCUCCUACAUUAUGUUGAUCAGUCCAUGUCCAUUCCGCGAGGUUCCGUACAGGAGACAGAUCUACUCUAUGCCACAGCUUCGUCCUGGAAGAGCUGGCUACCCCAGGGUACUACAGAUACUGAUGUUAGCGCAGUGCAAGAGGAGGAACCCGAUCCCGUGUGGAUGGAAGCAAUGGGCAAUUACUUCUUCGGGCCAGGGGAGCAUUUGUUUCUGUCACCGUCCGCGAUGCUGGCUUCAGAUACCCGGAGCGGGUGCAGGAGUCCCCUCGACAAUGGGUCAGCCAAUAUAGGAGAGAAUAGUAGCCUUUCGCCGAGUGCACAGGUCUACAUAUCCUUGCCUUGGUAA